CCGAGCCGUUAUCAAUGACUCUCCAUGGGGUUGUGCAGGAUUUUACUUAAAGCAUCGUUGCUGUUUUCAUCAUCCUCCCCUCCGGCUGCGGCGGUUGUCUCCCCUCUGAAUGAAUGAAGCUUUAACCAUCUGAGGGUCUCCUCCUCCUCCUCCUCCUCCGCCGCCGCCUCUUUAUUCUCCAUCGAGCCUGUCGUCGACCAGCGCGGCCGAGCUGGGGGGCAAUCCUGGGAAAGGGAGCCGCGGCGCCGCGCACCGGCCGACGGACGCCCCGCCGCGACGCGCCACCAUGCUCACCCGGGUCAAGUCCGCCGUGGCCGGGUUCAUGGGUGGAAUCAUGGCCGGGGGCAGCUCCGGCGGAGGGAGCAACACUGGCUCCGAGCUGCCGCUGAAAUUCCCGUACAUGAGACCUCAAUUCCUAGGACUGUCCCCGGAUGAGAUCGAGUGCUCCGCGGACCACAUAGCCCGACCCAUCCUCAUCCUGAAGGAAACCAGGAGAUUACCGUGGGCCACCGGAUACGCUGAGGUGAUCAACGCUGGUAAGAGUGCGCUGAAUGAGGACCAGGCCUGCUGCGAGGUGGUCGUAGCUAGGAGGAGGCCGAUGAGCUACUGCCCUCCAUCCACGCCCAGCAAAACCCCCACGGCCAAGAGACGUAACUCCCUGCCCAACGGAGAGGGCCUGGGGCUCUGUAUGGAGCACAGCAAGCUGGGAGAGGACAGUGAAGGACUGGUGUUCCACUACUGGGCCUUGUUCGAUGGCCACGCUGGUUCAGGUGCAGCAGUUGUGGCCUCCCGCCUACUGCAUCACCACAUCGCCUGCCAGCUCCAGGCCGUCAUCGAGAUCCUGCGCAACCUGGCCUCCCCGCCCCCGACAAUCCUGGGCGAGGAGCCCGACAACAACCCCUACCUCCAGGGAAACACCCCGGGCCCUCACCGCGCACUGACCCGGGCCGCUUCGCUGCGCGGGGCCACGGGUGCACCGGGGUCCCCGUGCAGCACCCCGCCGCCGCCACGCUUCUUUACGGAGAAGAAGAUCCAGCAUGAGAGCCUGGUGAUAGGAGCCAUAGAGAACGCCUUCAAAGAGAUGGAUGCCCAGAUUGAGAAGGAGAAGCAGGUCUAUAACGUCACAGGAGGAUGCACAGCCCUCACUGUGGUUUACCUGCUGGGAAAACUAUACGUUGGGAAUGCAGGUGACAGCAGGGCAAUCAUUAUCAGAAACAAUGAGAUCAUUCCCAUGUCCACGGAGUUCACACCAGAAUCAGAACGACAGCGGCUCCAGUUCCUGGGUUUCAUGCAGCCUCACCUGUUAGGAAAUGAGUUCACGCACCUGGAAUUUCCCCGGAGAGUUCAGAGGAAGGAGGUGGGCAAGAGGAUGCUCUACAGAGAUUUCACCAUGAAUGGAUGGGCGUACAAAACCAUUGAGGAUGAAGAUCUCAAGUUUCCACUGAUAUAUGGGGAAGGGAAAAAGGCACGGGUGUUGGCCACCAUCGGCGUGACCCGUGGGCUCGGUGACCAUGACCUCAAGGUUCAUGACUCCAACAUCUACAUCAAGCCGUUCCUCUCCUGUUGCCCUGAGGUUAAGGUGUAUAACCUGACGCAGUAUGAGCACGGCGCCGAUGAUGUUCUGGUCAUGGGAACCGACGGCCUCUGGGACGUCCUCUCCAACCAGGAAGUAGCCGAAGCCGUCACCACGUUCCUAGCCAACUGUGACCCUGAUGACCUGCACAGGUAUACAAUGGCAGCACAAGACCUGGUGAUGCGAGCGCGCGGCGUGCUGAGGGACCGAGGCUGGAGGAUCACCAAUGAGCGUCUGGGCUCCGGGGACGACAUCUCGGUCUUCAUCAUACCGCUGAUGUACGGCAACCGUCAGCCCUGAGGAGCCCGGCAGACACGCCGCGGUUCACAGACCUGAAGGGCACGCAGGCUCGUAAACCAACAGGGCUGAUUAGUCCUGGACUGAGAUUCCCCCUUCAGUCUCCUUAGUGCUGUUUGCACAUUUCUUUUCUUCCUCAGACCAAGGAUACACUAAACAUUUGGAUAUUUAGAUUGUUUCACAUCUCUAUAGGAAUGGCUGCUCAGGGGAACCACAGUCAGCACUUUGUUGAUUUUUAAAGCCUCAAAAGUCAGAAAAACGCCCAACAUAAAAACACAUGGUCAUUUAAUUUGUCAUUAAUCCAAAGAAGUGAUUUGGCCUGUUUAACGUUGAUAAAAGUGAUGGAAAAAUCUUGAAUUGUUGGUCACAGCAGUUCCAGGACGCCCCUGAACUUCUGCAGAGAUGUGAAAGCUGAAAUAGAUGAAUACCCUUCCAAAGUGAAGAAAAGACCCCUUUCCUUUCUUUCUGUCCUUCUUACCUCUCUUGCAGUGCUGUACAAUACUUGGCUCCUCCUCUUUUUGUCUUCUCCUGUACUGUACAGUCAACAUGUUUGUAAAAAGAAAAAAGAAAAACUGUCCUUUGUCUCGUGAGCAUGGACGGAGCUGACGGGUCAGCUGCGCUCUCUGUUUCGCCACAGUGUGGCUUUGGAGGGUUCACUUGUUGAAGAACUGCUUCCAGACUGCUUUUCAGAUUACAGACCGAUCGCACGCCGAGAUGUCGGCUGGCACGAGCCCCGAAAGCUUCGCGUGCAGUCGGCAAGACUGACCAGUGUGGACGCGGGAGGCAGGAGACAAGAAGGGCCUGACGUUACUGUAGCAAAGCAGAUCAGGAAUCAGUUUUACUGUUGAGUGAGCCUGCGUGGAUCAACAGGACAUAGCUUGAUGUGGUUUUUGAUAAGAACAUUUUACAUCUGCAUCGAAAAAAGGGUCAGUGUUAAGCAAUUUAAUCUGAAUUCAAAAAUAUUACUAAGAAUCAAUCAAAAUCAC